AAUGGCCGAGAGCUCAGCUGCGGCUGUGGCAGCGGCGGGGACAGCGGCACCCACUGUGCUAGAUGAGCUCCUGGAGAUCACAGCUCAGAGCCUGGUGCGCACCGAGGUGGCCGAGCACUAUGAGGUUAUUCGGGAGCUGGGCAGGGGCAAGUAUGGCCACGUGAUGCUCGUGACCCACAGGCAGAGAGGGACUCCUAUGGCUCUCAAGCUGCUACCCAAAGCCAGUACCAAGCUGCACACCUUCCUGUAUGAGUAUUGCGUGGCGCUCUCCCUCGCCACCCACCCUGCCAUCAUCGGCAUGUUUGGCAUUGCCAUCGAGUCCAGCCAGUACUAUGGCUUCCUCUACGAACCAGCACUGCACAAAGACCUCAUCUCCAUCAUCAAACCCCGGGAUGGGAUCCCCGAGCCGGCCGCGAAGCAGUGUGCCAAGCAGCUGGUGAGCGCGCUGGAGUUCAUCCACAGCCGUGGCCUCGUGUACCGUGACGUCAAGCCAGAGAACGUGCUGCUUUUCGAUCCCGAGUGCCGGCGCAUCAAGCUGACUGACUUCGGGCUUACGCGGCCCAAGGGUACCAAGCUCAAGCUGGUGGCCGGGGUGAUCCCCUACACCGCGCCCGAGCUCAGCAACACCGCCGAUGCUCAGGGGGUGCCCAUCGACACCAGCCUGGACGCCUGGGCCUUCGGCGUGCUGCUUUUCUGCCUGCUGACCGGCUACUUCCCCUGGGAGCAGAGCCUGCCGGACGACCCUUUCUUUGAGGACUUCAUGCUGUGGCAGGAGACGGGCCUGGACGAGGACCUGCCCCGCCACUGGAAACGCCUGACGGCCGAGGCGGCCCUGAUGCUGCGGAGCCUGCUGGCCCUCGACCCGGCCGAGCGCGGCCCCGUCGGCGGAGCCCUGCGCUACGUCGACCGCCCUUGGCGGCUGGAGGACGGGGCCGGCGAGGGGGCUGCGGCCGAGCCCUAG